CGCCCGCCCCAUGGGACCCUGCGCCAAGGCCCUAGCGAAUAAAUUUCUGGCCGCCUGUCUACUCUUCCUUCACUUCAAACUCUACACCACCUUUUUCUUCUUCCUUCACUCACAGCCUGCCACGCCUCACUUUCCGUCUCCUUACAAAUCACAGCGCUGCUAUAUUGAGCAGGUCACAGCUCAAACGUCCCACAGAAACACGAUCAAUGGCCACGGCCAUGGAGUCCUCCCGCAUCUUUGUACGCGGUCUGCCCCCCAAAUUCACCGAGGAUGACGUCCGGAAGCACUUUGGCAAAUUCCCAGUCACCGACGUCAAGUAUUUUCCUGCGCGCCGCAUUGGCUACGUAGGCUACAAGUCCCCCCAAGAUGCCUCAUUGGCCAUCAAAUAUUUCAACAAGUCCUUUAUUCGCAUGUCCAAAAUCUUUGUCGAGAUGGCUAGACCGAUUGCCGAUAAGGAGCUGCACAUGUCACGUAGAGCUCAGAAGGAACAGAGGAGCCAACCUAGGCACGACGAGUACAUCCCGCCUUCCUUCGACAACAACCUCAAGCGAAAGCGUGAGGAGGUGCAACAAGAUCCCAAGCUGAGGGAGUACCUGGAGGUGAUGCAGCCUCGCUCAAAAACAAACGUCUGGGCCAACGAAGAGGCCAUGAUCGAAGGUGCUGCGGAUCCUGCUACACCCACGCAAGAUGCCGUUAUCGACACUCCAGCUGGCGACAGUGACGAUGAAUAUCAAGUCAUCGCCAAGAAGGUCAAGACAGCACAGCCGACUCCAGCUUCUGAGAGAGUUACUGUAGAGGAUGUGUCGGUGGUCAACCGUCGAGACGAACCAGAGCCCGAGCCGGCUACGGAAAGUCUUGAAGAGGACACUGCCACCGAACAAGCCCCAUUGACAGAUGCAGACUGGUUGCGGUCACGGACAAAUCGGGUACUAGACUUGGUGGAAGACGAUGACGAGGGCGUUCCACCACCAAAGGCUGAGCCGCAAUCGCACCAUGUGGUAGAAGACAGCCCAGAAACAGCAGAAAAACAAACUGCGGAAACGUCAAACGAAGCAAAGGCCGAGGAUGUGGCGACUGAGCUCACCGAAGAGGAGAAGAUCCGAGAGACCGGUCGGUUGUACCUCAGAAAUCUCUCGUAUGAGAUUUCGCAAGAGGAUCUUCGACAGCAAUUCUCUAAAUACGGCACACUUGACGAAGUCCAUGUACCGUCAACCAAAAGCGAUGGCAAAGGCAAAGGAUUCGCCUUUCUGCAAUUCGAUGACCCCGAGCAUGCGGUCGAGGCGUACAAAGAGAACGAUGGUGUCAUCUUCCAAGGUCGACUGCUUCACAUCCUUUCUGGAAAAGCGAAGCGCAAUGAUGAACUGGAUGAAUUUGCGAUAUCCAAACUUCCAUUGAAGAAGCAAAAGGAAGUCAUGAGGCGAAAGAACGCCUCCGCCCACUCAUUCAACUGGAACUCGCUUUAUCUGAACACGGAUGCCGUCAUGUCUGCAGUUGCACAACGGUUGAACCUUAGCAAAGCUGAUCUUUUGGACCAUACCUCUUCUGACGCAGCUGUGAAACAGGCCCAGGCAGAAACUCAUGUCAUACAGGAAACCAAGAAUUACUUUGCUAAACACGGUGUUGAUCUUGAGGCGUUCAAGAAGAGCUCCAAAGGCGACGUGGCUAUUCUCGUCAAGAACAUUCCGCAUGGCGUAAGUGCUGUCGAAGUUCAGAAACUCUUCGAAGAGCAUGGCGAAGUGAAGCGGUUCUUAUACCCACCACUUGGCAUGACGGCUAUAAUUGAAUUUUCGAAUGCCACGCAGGCGAAAACCGCAUUCGCGGCCUUAUCCUACAAGAAAAUGAAAGACUCUAUUCUCUAUCUAGAGAAGGCACCCAAAGACCUGUUCAAAGAGGGCGCGGUUGCACCAGCACUGCAUGCCGUACCCUCUGACGACAAGAUCGGCGCCAAGCUUUCAGCGACUGACCUGCUUGAGGAGGAGUCAAGACCAGAAGCUAGCAAUGUGGCUACACUGCAUGUGAAGAAUCUGAAUUUCUCGACAACAACGCAGAAACUUACGCAGACCUUCUCACCUCUGGCUGGGUUUAGGAGCGCUGUAGUAAGAUCCAAAAUCGAUCCAAAGCGGGGCGUAUUGUCCCUCGGAUAUGGAUUCGUCGAAUUCAACAAUGUGGAAGCUGCUACGGCUGCUUUGCGGGCCAUGGACGGACACAACCUUGAAGGGCACGCUCUGAAAAUCCAAGCUUCUCACAGAGGUGCCGAUGCUGCUGAAGAGCGGCGGAGAGAUGAUGCGGCGAAGAAAGCGCCCGGCACAAAGAUUCUCAUUAAGAACUUGCCUUUCGAAGCUACUAAGAAGGACAUUCGCGCGCUAUUUGCCCCUUACGGAGCCCUUCGGUCGGUCAGAGUGCCCAAGAAAUUUGACUCGUCAUCGCGUGGUUUUGGUUUUGCCGAAUACUCGACGCAACGCGACGCAACGAAUGCCAUGAAUGCACUCAAGAAUACCCAUUUGCUGGGCCGUCGACUGGUCCUCACAUUUGCCGAAACCGAAUCUGAUGAUCCAGAGAAGGAGCUGGAAAAGAUGCAACAAAAGGUUGGGUCGCAGGCCAACAAGGUCGCCCUCCAACAAUUAACUUCGGGUGGGCGCAAGAAAUUCAACGUUACAGGUACCGACGAUUUAGAUGCCGCCUAG